GUGCAGCAGCCUGUUGGCCAGUUGGAAACACUCGAACAGCACUCCAUCGUUGUCAUCGUUUCGAAGCUGAUUACAGCUGUAGCGCUGCGAUAACGGGAGAGUGAGACGACGGAGACGACAUCGACGACGACGACGACCAUUCAGUUACCAGCUCAGUUGCCAACAGACUCCAGUCGGUACCGGUUCCCUCCUGGAAGCAGACCAACCAGCUAGCAGAACAUCAACCAACCGUGCUUGUGCCCUUCGUGCCAACAAUCAAACAAGUACCCCCAGUACACACACACACCCGAGUGACAGCUGCUACUAGCCAUGCUAGGAGCGUUGGUGCGUUGUGGAGCGAACACGACGACCAGACUGCAACCGAUCGUACGUAGCGCCGUACGGAGAAGCGCCCAAACACCGGUGAGGAUUGUGCGCACGAUGGCGACCGGUCCGGGUUUCCUGGUCGAUGACAGCCGGUACGGUUUUCUGCGCGAGCUCGGCCUCGACCGGCUCAACAACGGUGUGUACGAUGGUGCGUGGGUGGCGGGCCAGGGUGAGAUAGUCCGUUCGAUCGAUCCAGCAUCCGGGCGCGUGAUCGCCGAGGUUGCCACCGGCAACGAGGCGGAUGCGGACCGGUGCAUCGCGACCGGCGUACGAGCGUACGAGGAGUGGCGCCAUCUGCCGGCCCCGUACCGUGGCGAGAUCGUACGGCAGAUCGGGGACGAACUGCGCAAGUACCGGGAACCGCUCGGACAACUCGUAUCGCUCGAGAUGGGCAAAAUCCGGGCGGAGGGCAUCGGCGAGGUGCAGGAGUUUGUCGACAUCUGCGACUACGCGGUCGGACUGUCGCGUAUGUACGCCGGCCAGAUACUGCCAUCGGAACGGGCCGGCCAUACGAUCCUGGAGAAAUGGAACCCGCUCGGGCUGGUAGGUAUCAUCUCGGCCUUCAACUUCCCGUGUGCCGUGUUCGGCUGGAAUGCAGCAAUCGCCCUGACCGUCGGUGACUCGGUACUGUGGAAGGGUGCACCGAGCACACCGCUCGUGAGCGUCGCCACGACACGCAUCGUGGCGGAGGUGUUGCGCCGGAACAAGCUGCCACCGGUGGUGACGCUUUGCCAGGGUGGUACGGAUGUCGGGCGCCGCCUGGCGUCGGACGAUCGCGUCCGGUUGCUCUCGUUCACCGGCAGUACGGCGAUUGGGCGCGAGGUCGGUGUCGAGGUGCAGCGGCGGUUCGGGCGCGUCCUGCUCGAGCUCGGCGGUAACAACGCGCUCAUCAUCAACGAGGAUGCCCCGGCCGAGAUGGCGCUUGAUGCGGCCUUCUUCGGUUGCAUCGGUACGGCCGGGCAGCGCUGUACCAGCACCCGACGCCUCAUCAUCCACGAGCGGCUGUACGAGCAGUUCCGUGGUAAGCUGGUGAGCCGGUACGGGGCACUGCUCAAGCGUGUCGGCCAUCCGCUCGAUGCGGCCACACUGUAUGGACCGCUGCACAACGAGCGGGCGGUCGAGGCGUACCGGCAGACGAUUGCCGAGGCGGUCCAACAGGGUGGCCGGAUCGAGUGCGGUGGCAAGGUGCUGGAACGGGAAGGCUGCUUCGUUGAGCCGACCAUUAUCUCCGGGCUCGCCCAUAACGCACCGGUCGUGCUACGGGAAACGUUCGCACCCAUCGUUUACCUCUUCAAGGCCCGCAACCUCACCGAGGCCAUCGAGUGGAACAACGAGGUCGACCAGGGGCUCUCCUCAUCCCUCUUUACCGCCAACGUACUGUCCGCGUUUCAGUGGAUCGGUGAGGCCGGUUCGGACUGUGGUAUCGUCAACAUCAACACCUCACCGUCCGGUGCCGAGAUCGGGGGUGCGUUCGGAGGCGAAAAACAUACCGGUGGUGGACGCGAAUCGGGAUCGGACGCUUGGAAGCAAUACGUGCGCCGCUCGACCAUCACGGUCAACCACUCGCCCAACCUCCCGCUCGCCCAGGGCAUCGUUUUCGAGUGACAGUGCCCGCCCCCUCUUCCCCCAAACAAUCUUCCGCCAGCUCUUGUCCCACCUAACACAAUUUAACCAAUAAAAAAAACGCACCGAUUAUUAUUGGUGACCCAUUA